ACCUGCGCGGUGAGCCCCUCCUCCCCCCUUCCUCGUUGCGGUAGGAGGGUCCAUGUGCACAGGAUGACGUCGCUCUGACUGCAAGUCCGACCGACUCCUCCGUUUGUUUUUAUUACUCUUUUAUUUUGUUUGUUUGUUUGUUUUUGUAAAUGCACCACCCCCCAUCCUCCUCCUCCUCUCCAGAUCUGCGCGACCUGACAGCCCUCAUGUGAGAUUAUGUGUCGCUGUCGGCCGGACCCAUUGCUGUGGCUCGUCCUGGUUAGGAGCAGCAGCUCGCUGUGUGGAGGAUUACUAGUGAUAAUGCGCAGCAGACUUCUCCUCCAGUGUGUCUAGCUGUCAAACUGACAGCUCUGUGUUGGAAACAGUAGACGGAGCACAUUUCCUCAUAUUUAUUCACUUAGUUUGACCUGUCUUGUUUUUUCCCCCCUCUUGGAUUAACGCUACCCAGCAACACAGCCACCUGACAACUCUGAAUGUCGUAAUUAAGAUGAAUCAAUGAGUGAGAAAUGGAGACUAAAGGGUACCAAAGCUUUUUCGAUGGCGGCGACUCUGAGAAUAAAUGGUCUCAAUCCCCCAGCACCAUGGAGUACUGCCGCAGCACUGAGGAUUCGAGUCUGACCAGCAGCGAUAUCCUGAUGGACAUGGUCAACGUCAGCUGCCCUGCUGGAAGCCCGACUGCUGACAUUAAAGACAAUAAGACCAAGAAGCAGGAGCAGCCAAUGCCCCAACUCAGCCAGAACCAGCCAUUUGUUCUCCCACACUUCAACAAUUCCCUGCUUGGUCAUAAGCGGGAAAUGGACUCCAAGGAACUUUCCAAGACUGUGGCUGAGUCGAUGGGCCUGUAUAUGAACGCUGCCAGGGAGGCUGACUUUGCUUUUAGCCAACACGGAGGCAGCACAGGAAAGCUUUAUCCUGCUUGUGGACGACCUCUAGAAGAAAACCAAUGUGGCUCCAAAAAGAGCUCUAAGUCACAGGCGUUUGGUUUCCAGCAGACUAGCACCAAUCCCAGAGAAUGCACCACUGGGACUCCAGUUAGCUCAGCAUCUAUGCUUGCUUCCUCUCUGUCCUGCAGUCCCAAAACCUCCAGCUGCAUUUCCAGCCCUGGAGGGAGUAACAAUAUGGUGUCGUCUACCACCAGUCCUCCCACAUGCUUUGGACCACUAUGCUCCUCUGCCAGUAGUCCUGGAAGCCAGACUUCAUGCGCAGCAACUCUGGCCAACAUCAAGCGGAGGAAUUCAGCCACGUGUAGCCCUGUGGAGUCCAGCACAGUUGGGUCACCGCCACUCACCAGCCCCCUUAAUGUCAUGAGGUCCCCCAUGUCCAGCCCUCAGAGCAUGAGCAGUGUGAGAUCUCCAUCUUGCAGCACAACGUGCAACAUUAGGUCAUCGGUUUCAAGCCCUACAGGUGUCAGCUGUACGGGCACAGCCAAUAACAGUAGACCCUCCAUCUCCAGUCCUGCCACAGGGGGCCCUAUGUCUAUCAGCAGUCCAGAGAAUCCCUCCUCUACUGGGUUUCCGGUGUCUAGUCCUGCUGGUGGACUGGGUUUAGUGCAGAAUGACACUAACAGCCCAGAAGCAGCAGGGAUAGCUAAAGACACGGACUUCAAGAGCUUUGAGUUCCCCAAAGUAGAGAUGGUGGAUGGGGAAGUGUUCAGCGUUGGUUUAGACCAGAUGGGCAUGGUGAAGUACAUUAAGAAUGAGCCUGGAACGGACUUCAGGAGCAUGUGUUUAGGCAGCUCCAAUUGUAACACAAGCUGCACACCUUUUGUCACACAGAUCAAGACUGAACCAAACAAAAACGAAGAGUGUAUGAAUCAGCAGCCCUAUGGUGAGCAGUCACCAUCUCUUGGUCUCUUCCCUGCUUCUGAGACAACAUAUCUGUCCCUGAGGAAUAACAUCGAUGAAUACAGUCUUUCUGGGAUCUUGGGACCCCCUGUGUCCUCUGUGAAUGGGAACUAUGAGGCCGACAUGUUUUCCAGCAUCAUGUCUAAAGGGGUUAAGCAGGAGUCCACCGAUGGCAGCUAUUACCAGGAGAAUAACAGCAUGUCAGCAUCCGCCAUUGUUGGAGUUAAUUCCGGAGGACACUCGUUCCAUUACCAGAUUGGAGCGCAGGGAACAAUGUCAUUCACCCGGCACAAUGUCAGGGACCAGUCCAACCCAUUGUUGAAUCUAAUUUCACCUGUGACGGCAUUAAUGGAGUCGUGGAAAUCUCGACCAGGCAUGUCACAGGGGUCUCUAUCGAGCAGAGGUGAGGGAUACUCGGGCCAGAACUGCAUCACUGACAGCAUUUCCAGCUCACCGCUCAGACAACCUUCCUCCACAGUCAAAGUGUGCCUGGUCUGUGGAGACGAGGCAUCGGGGUGUCACUACGGUGUCGUGACAUGCGGGAGCUGCAAAGUCUUCUUCAAAAGAGCCGUGGAAGGUCAGCACAAUUACCUGUGUGCUGGGAGGAAUGACUGUAUCAUUGACAAGAUUCGAAGGAAAAACUGUCCGGCGUGUCGUGUACGGAAGUGUCUCCAGGCUGGGAUGAACCUUGGAGCACGGAAAUCUAAGAAGCUGAAGCUGAAGGGAGUCAGCGAGGACCUGCAGAGCUCUAAGGAGGGUCAGAUAGCCGCGGGCGGCGUUGGAAGCAGCUACCUGUCCUCAGAAAAGGAGCUGAACCCCAGCCCCACCAACGCCUUAGUGCCCCACGGGCCGGGGGUAGUUACGCCUUUCCUGCCCCCCUCCAUCAGCAGUGUGUUGGAGCUGAUUGAGCCUGAGGACGUGUACUCCGGCUACGACAACACGCAGGCCGACACGACCGACCACCUGCUGUCUAGCCUCAACCGCCUGGCUGGGAAGCAGAUGGUAUGCAUGGUGAAGUGGGCCAAAGUACUUCCAGGUUUUCGGGGCCUGCCCAUUGAGGACCAAAUCACGCUGAUCCAGUACUCGUGGAUGUGUCUGUCCACCUUCUGCCUCAGCUGGCGCUCCUACAAACACACCAACGGACAGAUGCUCUACUUCGCUCCUGAUCUCAUCUUUAACGAGGAUCGCAUGCGGCAGUCUGCCAUGUAUGACUUGUGUCUGGGCAUGAGGCAAGUCAGCCAGGAGUUUGUUCGACUGCAGCUGACGUACGAUGAGUUCCUGUCCAUGAAGGUCCUCCUACUUCUCAGCACAGUUCCCAAAGAGGGUCUGAAGAACCAGGCAGCGUUCGAGGAGAUGAGGGUUAAUUACAUCAAGGAGCUCCGACGUUCUGUUGGGAAAGCGACCAAUAACUCAGGCCAAACCUGGCAGCGCUUCUUCCAGCUCACCAAGCUGCUGGACGCCAUGCACGAUCUCGUGGGGAACUUGUUGGACUUCUGUUUCUACACCUUUCGUGAGUCACAGGCCUUGAAAGUGGAAUUCCCUGAAAUGUUGGUGGAGAUCAUUAGCGACCAGAUACCAAAGGUGGAGUCGGGUCUCACUCAUACCAUCUUUUUCCACAAGAAGUGACUCAGCUGACACUGGAAGUGGCAUUUAGAGAAAAAAAAAAUGAAAAUCAAAACUGUAAGAGAGGAUAAUGAAGAACGGGAAAGGAAUAAAAAGUGCAAGAAAGGCCUGACCUGAUGGCCCUUGCCCUGUCGCCCUGUAUGCCAACGUCCUCGUCUAGGAUGGCAAAGGUUUGGUGAUGUGGAGAUAGAUGGAUUUGACCCCGAAGACAUCGUAAGCUUUGCAGAGCUGUGAAUCGUUGGAGAAGUUGCGCACGACUUGUGACAAAAGAGACCAGAUGUACACCCAUGCAACCCAGCCCCAAAGAUAACAGUAUUUUCUAAGGAGAUUAAGCCAUAAGUCACUUUGAAUGCAUUAGGUACAUAGGUUUCAUUUACAGAAGAGGAAAAUUGAUACACUUCUGUCCACAUGCACUUCACAUGCAUAAAAAUCCAAAUUGCUUACAAAUCUAGCAAAAGAUUUUUGCAAAUAUAUUAAAUCCAGCUUAUGCAGACUUAAAAAAAUAACAGCACUAGGAAAUAAAUAUGCCAAUACUAAUUUUAGCUUUGCAGUGUAGCAGCAAUACUGCAGCGCAAAGCAGUGGCACAGGAUUUUCACACCACAGGAUAUCCCAAAGGGCUAUACAAAUAUCAUCAUAAGCUAAAUAUUUACAAGUUUGAAUCUUAAAUCUGGAUCAUAACAGUCAUUAUUAGCAUUUACAGUUUGUUACAUGUAUAAAAAAGUUUAGUGGAACAAUCAAAGCUAAUAUGCAAAAGUCCUAAGCUUAACAUGUCUCUCCAGUGUAAAGAAGGCUUGCACACAAAACUCCAAUGUCACAGUUUAAAGAGAUGGUGUGUUUUAGUGUUUUCCUUUCUGCAGAAACAAACAAAAAAAAAACAAUUUUUUAAAGUGUUGCAGGAUGAAACAAUGCAUUUACAGGAACAAUUGCAGCGGGAAUCAGCUGAUAAUGGAUUUGACUGAGGUGCGUCUAUAGUAAUAGCUGUCAUUUGUGUUAUCUCCAGAGCAGCUGUUCAAAUGUCUGUUUUUACCUGCAAUGAGGCAAAACCAGCCCUUAUGACACUCUUCCCAGAAAUAAUAAUAAAAGCAUUUUAUAAAUAAAUAAAAAAACCUCAAAAAAAUGCUGCAAAGGUUUAGUUUUUGACCGUUUUACAUUAAGGUGCUUCGUUUCUACAAAAGCCAGGCGAGACGUGACAUGUACAGUAACUAGUAGACAGCUCACACAUACGCUAUAUGGACACAACGUUUAAACACAUACUCUGUAAAGUUCAUAGUACCCAAAAAACGGCAUUACUCCACAGUGCUUACAGCUAAUACCAGACAAAUAUGUACAGCUAUUAACAACAAUGUUUUAUUUAGCUGUUGUACAGAAGAUGUUCUAUGGUUGAUGGAUGCUUGAUGAAAACCAAUUAUUGUUUCACUUUUCCCAAAUGAUAGUCAUAUCUUAUUUUUCGGCCCAAAUUCGACUAUUUUCAGUAGUCUUCUGGACUUUUUCUUUGUCUCACACCCCAUAGGUCGCUGGAUGUUUGUGAGAAACUACCAUGAUGCUACUGAGAAGCAACACAGUCGGCGGGAAAGAUAACAUGUGGGGGAGUUGUGAAUAUUGUGCCCUGUAAGUGUGUAUUUACAUGUGUGUAUGUAUGGCCAUGUUUGUAUAUGUUUUUUUUUUCUUCUUUUGCCCAAGUGUGUGAAUAGUUUAUCUGCUCUUUCAGCGUAGAUAUUUUGGAUACAUGUAAUAGAUUUUGCCACAUCCUAUUUAUCAUGCUUAGAUUUGCACAGAAGCAGGGAAACAAUGUGACAUGAGGCAUUAGCGCAGCUAGCAGGAAUUCUUUGCUUCUUAAAGCAACUGUGAUAACAGGGAGAGAACUUCCACAUGGUGACCUGGCCUAAAGUUAAACAACAUGACAUUAGUAACACAGCACGGCACUAGCGUGCUGCAAUGGUGGCCUGAGCUCCCAACGACAACACUGCUCCAUGCUUUUAGCUCUUCUCUGUGUGUGGAGUCGUUUGGGAAUUGAGACAAAAGCUCGAAAAUGGAGAAAAUAAUUAAGAUUGUGUGACUUUAAUUUCUUUGUGACUUUAAUUUCUUAGAGAACAGGUAGAUGAAGGUGCGUUAACUUCACCAUCUGAACCUAUUAGAUCAGUUAGCAUGGGGACCUUUUUCCUCUCUUCUGUUAGCAUUAGGAGCGGAAAUGCUAACGUUAGCACUUUUAGCAGCUAUGUUUUCCCUCUGCAAUAAGUAUAGGACAAUAUCUAAUCAAUAACACUUCAUGUUACACUCAGUCUUUGCUGUGUCAUUUCGCUAAUCUCUCACUCUUUAUUUUGCCAUCUGUUGGUUUAAUUUUUAAAGUCUACAACUAAACAUCUAAACAGUACGUAGAAUGAAUGGGAAAGUAUUUUUGAGAGAAUUAUAUUUUGCUGAAAAACAAUUAUUUAAGUACUUUGUCUAAAAUGAUAUCCUUUUUUGUAAAAUGAAAUGUAAUUGCAUGCUUUUUUUGACAAGAUGUUUACAUGUAUUUAAAAAAGGGAAACUUGUGCCUUUUUUUAAUCUCACCUGAUUUACAGUUUUACAGUAUAUAUUGUAAAUAAUACUGUAAAUAAUACAGCAAGUCCUUAUGUUGAGUAAAGUAUAAAACAUUUCUACUUUAAACAUCUUGUUAAUUAUUGGAGAGAGAGAAAAAAAUGUGUUUCCCACUCGCCGUGUCCUGUUGGUCGGGUUACAGAGGAGUAAACGUUGGCCGCAGGAUGGGCCAAACAGAGAAAUGAAUGUAUCAUACGUACGUGAGAGAUUUAUGGAAAUUACGCCCGGAAUGUUAGAAAGAGUACAUUUAUGAUCUACUUACUGAUUAAAUGUUUUAUUUUUUGAUUGUGCUUUUUUUAUUAUUUGAUUUUAUUUGUUGCAUCGUUGUUCACUCAAAAUGAUAAUCAAAUGCACCUUUUUUCGUUAUUUUGUAACGAGAUGUAUUAAAGUGAUGGAUCCUUA